AUGGCUGACAGCACUAUACCAUCACCUUCGCAGUUGGCGCUCGCGCUGGCCCUCGUCAAACACAAGCCAGUCGGAACCACCAUGAAAGAUUACUUUACUCGCAUACGACAAUUCAUCAAAGCAGGGACGCCGACAGACCGGCCCACAAGCCGAGAUCAGUUCUUCGACAGUGUCGCAUUCUGGCAAAAAGCAUACGAGAAAUCCGAGGCCGAACAGAGCAAACUCCUUGACCGGAUAUAUGAGCUGGAACAACGUAGCGAAGUGCUUACCGCCAAAUUGCAUGGCUCGAAUGCUGUCCCCAAAGACUUGGUACAAGGAUCCACGAAGCGGAAGGCAACCUUAGAUGCUAGUAUGGCUGGCACUACUACUUCAAGGAAAAAGUCCAAACAACAGACACAGACACAGAGCAGAGCUAGCAUGCUGACUGAGAAUCUCUCCAAUGGGCUGGACGGUCAGCUACCUGAAUAUCUUGAAGAGCCUACAGCAUCAUUUAUGAGGAGGUUCUACGCUCUGCAGAAGAUGCUGCAGCGAAGUCCCAAUACUCCAGCUAUUGUGCUUGCUGCAGGUGAACUGUGCUCCGUCGCAGAAAACGAUAUACUCCGUGCAGUCCAACGGCAAGCUGGUUCCAGUUCAGAAGGGAGAGAUGCGUCCGUUGUCAAGAAUCCAAGUGUAUCAGCGAUUUUGAACAGCAUAUACAGCGCCCACCAGCUACUGCUGAGAGCAUUGAAGAAGGUCCCUUCAAAUGAAUCAGCAUUGCAAGGCCGUGGCCAGAUCAUUUUCCACAUUGUCCGACUGUCUGAGACAGUUAUCAAAGCGUUGGGUACCCAUUGCCGAUUCAAUGCUAAGCAGCAACUUUCAACUGUGGCCUCAGCGACCAAAACAAGGUCCUCUGCGAGGUUGAAAAGGUCUAAGACAGGGCAUUCGAACGAUGAGAUACCAUCAAGCACGAACGAUGAGGUUGCCCAGCUGAUGAGUCUGCUACUUUGCAGAAUGGCUCUUUCAUUGGAUAGAAAUUGCUCAAAGACCUCAGACCUACGAAACGGUUUCAGCUACGUGUUGCUCAGUCGUGUUGGCGAGUUACUUUGUUUGUUCGUCUUCAAAGACCUCCAUCUACGAUCCGAUCUGGAAGGAGACCCUACUACUAAUCUGUCACUCCCACAUGGCCUGAAGGAUGCGCAGCUUGACGAGGAAUCCGUCCUAGCUGCCGAGAUAGAGGCCAAACAUCUCAUUUCACCCCUUGAAAGAUUGCUCACCGUACUGAACCCACCGUUGUUGCCUGAGGAUCUCAACUGUGCGGUAGGAAUCAAAGGAAGGCUACAAAGCACUCUUCUGCAAGCGGUAUUUGGUCAAGACUCAAGAUUCGGCGAAGCUUUGCGCCCUCUCCGCCAUGACGAUACUUUGACCAUCUCCCUCAACACGACGCCUCUCCCUGAGCAAUCUGUAUCGGAAUGGUUUGUUCAGGAAACUUGGAGACUUCUCGGUUGGGACUUGGUGGCAGGUUCAUCAUUGGGUGGAUAA